AUGAAUUCAGUUAAUAAAGCCGUUAAUGAAGCUGUAAAAGCCUACUACACAACUGUACUUUCUCAAAUUUUUUCACCAUGUGGAAAUUUUUUGCUGGCCGGUACUUGUUACGGUGAAGUAUUUGUAUUUGAUAUUGCAAAAAUUCUUAAUCCCGACCAUGAAAUUAAGGAUUUAAAACAAAAAUCAUGUAUGAAAUUUACAGCUGAUAAAGAUGGUCAAAUUUGUUCAAUGAACAGUACUGACAAAUUUCUCAUUGUUGGUUCCUACGGUAAAAUAAUUGGAUUCGAAUGGAAAUACAUAAUUAAUGGAAAAGUUCCAAAAGUAGCUUGGUGUAUAAAUUUACCUCAGUCAAAACAUGGAAUAGAAGUUGUUGAAGUUAAUGCACUUGCCAUAGGUGAACAAGGAAAGCUUUAUUCGGGAUGUGGGGAUAACAAUAUACAUGUUUAUAAUUUAGAAUAUGGAAAACUAAUACAAAGUUUAACUGGACAUUCCAAUUAUAUUCACGAUAUUGCAUACAUGGACAAUAAAAAAAUAGCAUCAGCUGGAGAAGAUGGUUUGGUUUACAUUUGGGAUUGUCUCACAUCGAAAGCUGUUGCAAAUAUCGAACCACACAAAGAAAAUUCUCUUCAAAGGCCUCAUUUGGGAAAAUGGAUUGGUUGUGUUACAGUUGACAAAGACUGGCUAGUAUGUGCAGGAGGUCCUAAACCUGGUUUGUGGCAUAUUGGAGCCAUGCAAUUAACAACAUCGUUUGAUGUUAUCAAUAAAGAAAUUCACGUUUGUAAACUUCAUGAAGAAAAAAUGAUUGUUGGUACGGGGGAUAAAUUGAGUCAAUUUACUCUUCAAGGAGAAACAAUAUGUUCCAUUCCGAGUUCUUCAUCAAUUAUUUAUUCUCUUAUAUUACAAAAAAAUCCUCAUAAUUUAAUGAUUUUUGCCGGUUCAUCUGCCGAUAUAGAUUUUUGCACUAAUUUUCAUUACAAAGAUCAAGUUUUGUCCUGUAGAUCUUAG